AUGGCUCCCCGAACUGACUUCCCUCCCGUGAGGGCCUGUCUCUUUGACAUGGACGGCCUCCUUCUCGAUACCGAGGACAUCUACACGCUCUGCGUCAACCUCAUCCUGGACAAGUACUCUCGUCCUUCCAUGCCAUGGUCCAUCAAGGCCCAGCUGCAGGGCCGUCCGGGUCCCGAUGCCAACAAGAUCCUCCUGGACUGGGCCCAACUGCCCAUCUCAUCCCAAGAGUAUGCCGUUGAAACCGCGGCCCUCCAUCAGAAGCUGUUCCCCGGCACCAAGCCUCUGCCCGGCGUCCCUGAGCUGUUGACCAGCCUCUCUCGGACAGCGGAGCCUGGUGUGGAUUCUCCUACCGUGCACAUUGCUCUCGCCACGAGCUCUCACAUGGGCAACUUUAAGCUAAAGACGAGCCAUCUUGCCGAUGUCUUCUCCGUCUUCCCCCCUCAUCGACAAGUCGUGGGCGACGAUAGCCGACUCAAGCCUGGCCGUGGAAAGCCGCUCCCGGAUAUCUUCCUCCUCGCUCUGCAGACCAUCAACGAUUCGCUGCCCGAGGGAGAGGCGCCAAUCAAGCCUGAGGAGUGCCUCGUGUUUGAGGACUCAGUUCCGGGCGUUGAGGCUGGUCGCCGCGCCGGCAUGCGUGUGGUGUGGUGCCCUCACCCUAUGCUCAAGGAGGAGUACGCCGGCCUUGAGGAGGAAGUCCUUGCUGGACGAACUGGUAAGGCUGGAGAUGUCGACCUGCAUCAGGUUGGUGAGCUGGGCGAUGGCUGGGCCGAGUACCUUGCUUCUCUGGAGAACUUUCCGUACGAAAAGUACGGCAUGGUUAUCCCGCCACCCAAGGCAUAG